UCUAUAUAUAAAUAUAAUUAAUUUUAAUACGUUGAAUAUUUUUCAGUUUCUAUCUUAGUUUUUGGAACCGCCUUGGCGCGGGAUCGGCAGAAAUGCAAGCGAAAGAAAAAUGUUUGAAGACGACAUGCAUAGUAUUGCAGAUUAUAUGCUUUAUCGCCGGUGCUGUUGUACUCGGCCUUGGCAUCUGGGCUAUCCACGAUGACAGCCUGACGAAGCUGAUCGACAAAGUUAUGUUCGCUGGAAUGUACGUUCUCAUUGUUGCCGGCGCGGUGAUCAUUUUGACAACGAUUUUGGCUUUUGUAGCGAUUUGGAAAAAAAGCAAACCCAUGGUUGUGAUCUACUGCAUUAUUGCUCUCAUAGCAAUAUUCCUGAAGGUUGUGGCUUGCAUCAUUAUUUUUGACUAUUUCGUGACCGCUCAUUGGUCGUUAGUCGACUCAUACAAGGAAGAAUAUGGGGUCAAAAACGAGGUCACGGACAUCUGGGACGAGAUUCAGAGCAAGGGCGAAUGUUGUGGCCUUCUGAAAUAUUGGGAUUGGGAGGAGUCAACAUUUUAUGCGGAUAACGACGAGAAAUAUCCGGAAUCGUGUUGCAAAUUGGUCGCCGAAGGAGAAUACCCGAUACAUAAAGGGCAUUGUCAGGUUGGACGAGAUGGAUACAUACACAUUGAGGGUUGCGAAUAUCUGCUUGAGAAAUAUUAUUAUGGCAUCGGUGGAACCGCUGUGGCGAUUAUUAUCAUAGAAUUGUUUGCCGUGGUGAUGAUUGCCUGCUUGUAUCAGUAUUAUCCAUAGCAGGAGACAACAGACGAUCAUCAAGAAGAAAUGUACUUAUAUCUGUUUUGUUUGACAAGAAAUUUUCCAUACAAACAGAAAUUCUGAAGCGAUCACUUAGCCAACACUUUUGAAAUAUUGCGACGUAAUUGAAACACCGAGACGCCCUACCUUUUAAUAUUAAUUUGGUCAAAUAGAAUUACGGUGUUCUUUGGGAAAAUGUCACAAAAUUUUUUGAAAAGUCUUACGUUGUCAUUAUUCAAAAUUGUUUAUAUUUUAUUGAUAAAUUCGACCAUUCAAAUGGAUUUUCCAGUCGUGUCAUUUUGUAUAGCUUUUAAAAAGGCCCACGGCACUGCGACAUUUUGAUACAUCGAUCUUCAGGCGCAACUCAAUUGACACGAAGCCGUUUUAGACAGCAAUUUUCAACGUCUUGCUCGAUAAAUACUCUAUAUAGAAUUUUUCAUAAUAUAAAAAAUUAUUAUAUUCA